UCACGCAAGAUUUGUAUUGCCGGAUACAAGGAUGCAGGUAAUAAACGGAAAAGAUAUUAUGAAAUAAAUGAUAAUCGCGAUUUUUACAUUGGAACGUUUGGUGAGCUCAAAUAGUCUAAUCGCAUCAAUUGGGAAGGGCUCGAUCGCCCUAACAACAAAACUUACUAUUUUUUAUUUUCUAAUGUUAAUGACUUCCCAUAUUAUACUAAGGGAAUAGAGCUAAGUUUAUUAAUUUGUAUAUAUUAUAUUUUGUCUGAUUUUCAAAGAUUAUGUUAAGAAGAAUGAAGAAUUUAUUUGGAUGUAACAUCUUCAUAUGUUCUAUAUUGAUCAUCGCGUUUCUGGUUUCCGAGUCACACAGUAGUUCUAUGCCCGUCUCCACGUACACAGAAAAUUGGGACGCAACGAAUUUGAAAUGGAUCGUUCCAGUAGCUUACUCUAUGACAAACUUUCCUAUUGAACACGGAUUAUUAUUUCAAGGAAUAGUUGACGAAUUAGCAGCAAUUACAUGCAUAGACCUUCAAUUAAAAACGGUGGAACCAAUUGGAGAAAAUUAUUUACUUUUAAAUGAAUUUGUUGGUAGUACUCUAUGCGAGCCGGAAUACUUUGGGAGAAGGUUCACCGGAAAAAACGAUGUUAAAUGGGGCAGUCAAUGCACUGAAUUACAAGUUCGAAGAAUCUUUUACGCCCAUUUGGGGAUGUACUAUGAACACCAAAGAAGCGAUAGAAGCUCGCAUGUGGUUUUUAAUCCAUCUGGGGCAUCUGGAAACUUGAUUGAUGUACCUUUCCGCCCACCUAGUACGUAUCAUACUCCCUACGAUCUUGAAUCUUUUAUGAGCGUGCCUUCUGUACAAGGAGUAAGCGUUUUUGGUUUGCCUCCUGACGGUUCGUCACAAUGUCUAGUAUUGCAGGAGAAUGGCAACCUAUCAGAAUUGGACGAAUAUCAUAUGCUUCAACUCUACUUCCAUCGAGACUGUCCAAUUGCACUCCCUUGCUCGUCAAACAAUCCAUGCCAGAACGGUGGAAGUUGUUUUGAUAGGAAAGUUUUGCGACCAUAUUGUGCGUGCACUGAAUACUUCACAGGCGAUGACUGCGAAACAAGAGUGUUUCAAUGUCAGUCAGACACGUGUAAAAACAAUGGAGUUUGCACAGAGGAAGUUGAUGGAUCUAUUAAAUGCAAAUGUGUUGGACCGCACACUGGGAAACUCUGCGAUAUUGACUUGAUACAUCCAGGAUGGAUAGACGGAGGUAAUGGCCACCAAUACAAACUUACCAGUACCGCUUGCAAUUGGUAUGAAGCAGAUCGACAAUGCAAACUUGUAGGUGGCGAUCUAGCUCAUGAUGGAGUACGAGAUCCAACCACUCUUGAAUUUUUGAAGACAAGCUUCUCAGAUAAUACACUCUGGAUUGGAUUUUCUACUCAUGCAGCAACCUCAGCAAAAAAGUUUCAUUGGAUUGAUCAAAUUAAUGGCCCCUGGGCAGUUCACAUUCCAUGGGGAACCGGACAGCCUAUCCUUGGAGACUCGAACCACUGCGUAGCACUGAAAGCACUUUCGACGGGGAGAGCCCUCGCAAAUAUUAAUUGCAACGAAAAUGCACUUGGAAUAUGCGAAAAACCUAUUGGAAAUCCACUAACAUACGGAGCUUACAGACCAGGAAAUGGGAAGAUGUAUUUUAAAACACCGGCUCUUUCAACUUUUCGAGUUUCUAGAACGCAGUGUUUGGAGAAAGGAGCGCACUUGGCAGUAACUGGUGCUGCUACAACUUCGAUGCUCAAAGAUAUAGUGGACAAUGUGCUUGGAUCUUCCAAUAGCUACGUUUUUGUCGGAUACGAGAGUUUCGAAAGUUAUGGUCAAUACAAGCCAAUACUCGGGGUUAAUAGUCUUCCUACGUCUGAUCCGCGCUGGGCAGCGAACGAGCCUGUAUUCUAUAACUAUGGCGCACAGAAACAUGUUCGAAAGCAAAAUGCAGUUGUAACUUCUGUCGCCUUGAAUGGACAACUAAAAACAGUCAACGAUAGAGCAACGAAGUCAUAUGGACUAUGUGAAGCGCCAGAGAUCGAAGAAUGCACUUGCGAAAACGGCGUAUGCAUUACAGUUGAUUCGAGCGGAGCCAAGGGUUGCCAAUGUUCACAAGGGUACAAACAAGAUAAUGAUGGAAAUUGCAUACGUGACAUGCAAUGUCAAAUCCCCUGAAUAUAGCUGGCGGAACACGUGGAGAAAAUACACAAAAAAUACUUUUAUCAUUUGUCACCUAUGCUAAACGGAUAUUAUUUUGUAGUAGAGCUACCUAU